CAGUAUUUUUAUGAUUCCUUAACAGGGUACAGAGUUUGCGAAGAGUAGUGUAAGUGAAAAUUUUUAAAAAAUCGUCGGUUCCGUGCAACCAUGGCUGCACAGGCCUGGUACUCCCCAAGUCCGGAGAGACCCGAGUUACAGGAAGAAGUGAGGUUGUCGCGGAAUGCAAAGGAACGAGAAAAGUACGACAAACAAGCAGAUUUGUACGCAGCUAUCAAUACGCUGCAGUGCUUGGAGCAAGCUUAUGUUCGGGACUGCGUUACUCCCGAAGAAUACACUUCCAAUUGCUCCAAACUGCUGACUCAAAUUAAACUGGCUUUCAAACUAGUGCAAGAUGACUCUGACGUGCAAUCGGAUUCGUUUCAAAACAUUGAAUCUUUCAUGGAAAGAUUCAAGCUAGAUGCGAAGUCUGCUUUAGAGCGGAUCAAAGAUGGACGUCCAAUCACCAUCUUGGAUGAUAAGGGAAAUCGGAAAGCAAUGAAUGCAAUUGCUGAGAUCGUUUCGUUGUUCAUCACUGUUAUGGAUAAGUUGAGGCUGAAGUUUUACGCCAACGACGAACUUCAAGGGGAAGUGCGUGAACUCUUGGAAACGAUGUCCAGACUUUCUUUGCUGCCGAAUUCGUACAGUGGCCGAGAGAAAAUUGCGACCUGGCUUCGGAAAAUGGAAGAAAUGCCUGCAUCUGCCGAAUUGACCGAAGACGAGGCUCGUCAGCUUCUUUUCGACUUGGAACAGUCUCAUAAUGAAUUCAGUCGCAUUCUGAAGGAACACUCCGGGUUCUUCCCUACGAUAUGUGAAAAAGAAUGCGGAUGUGGAGGGUUGGAAUGUUGGCGGGUUUCGGUCAAUAGGGAAUUCGGCGGCUUUUCGUACUUCGGCCGAAGUGUUUGUUAUGCGAUCGUGAUAAUGCCCGUGAGCAGCGAGCAUUUUUGGCUCGGAUGGGGAACAACGCUGUUGCGUGAAUCCGAAAUUGAGGUUUCUUCCUUCGCGGUGCCUUUCAUCAAUGAGCCAAUUUACUAUAAUUUGACGGAAGAAAUCCUCGUUCGGCUGGAAUUGGAAAAUGUGGACUUGGGCCUGGUUGGACGUGAUGCCGUCAGUGCGGUCCAGCGAGCAUCCAGCAAGGCCUGUAAAACGGAAAUACUGCGAUCGUCUCGGAAAGCUGUUGAUGAAAAUCUGCACGCCAAUUUUCUUCCCUCCUUUUGCCCUAGUCAUGGACGUAAAAUCGGAAGGUUCCUGGGGUGUUUCCAGGAUGGCAGAAAUAGGUUCUUGAAUGACACUCAUGUUGUGCUGAAAACUGAAAAUACUCCGAAGAACUGCGUCAGUUACUGUAGACUCGGCGGCUACGUGUAUGCUGGCGUACAGUACGGGACGGAAUGUUGGUGUGGGACACAUCUGUCUAAUAAUCCUGUGCCACUGGAAUCCAGCCGAUGUGACAUGACGUGCAGUGGAGACCCAACUUCAACGUGUGGUGGCUUCUACACGAUUGCGGUUUACGAAACCGGAACCAAUGGGAUUCCGUUCUCUGAUGACAUUUUUGACUCUCGGAACGAAGAAUCUUCGACGCGGGUUGCUUUCAUGUUGCUUUUCAACGGAAGGAACUACCGACAAGCAUUUCGAUUGCUCAAGAAUAUUUACUCUCCGCGCCAUUUUUAUUAUUUGCAUAUUGAUGAGAGAGCAGAGCUUAUGUUCAAUGCCUUGAAAGUUCUCAAUGGAACUCGGAAUAUCUUCGUGGUUCCGGAGGGAAGACGAAGAUCCUCCAUCUGGGGAGGGGCUUCUUUGCUAACUGUGGUGCUCGAAGGGUUCCAAGUGAUCUGUGAAGUGUUCCCGGAGUUUGAUUUCGUAUUGAACUUGAGUGAAUCCGAUUUUCCGAUCAGGAAGCUGUCGGAUUUGGAGGAUUACUUAUCCGUCAACAGAGGAAAAAAUUUUCUCCGCUCACACGGUUCUCAGCCUCAUGAAUUUUUUAAUAAACAAGGCCUCAGUUACGUUUUUCUUGAGUGUGAGCGUCGAAUGUGGAAUAUUGGCAAGGAUCGGUACAUUGCGGGCAUCACUUACGACGGCGGUUCUGACUGGUUCGUCUUGAGCUCUCCAUUCGUCAAGUAUGUCGCCUCUGAGGGUCGUGUUUUGGGAGAAGAGGAACUUUUCACUGGACUGAGGCAGUUCUUCGCCUACAAACUCUUGCCGGUGGAAGUUUUUCUGCACACGUUGUUGGCGAAUUCCGCAUUAUGCGCAACCAGAGUGAAUGCGCACCUCCGUGCCAUCAAUUGGCAAAGGAGAAAGAGCUGUGGCUGUAAAUCAAAGAAAAUAGUGGACUGGUGUGGAUGCUCACCAAGCAUUUACAGGCAGAGAGAUUUUGAAAGGAUUUCCUAUUUUUCUGCGAAAAACGUCUUCUUCGGACGAAAGUUUGAUCCUACGGUCGACCUGAUGAUCAUUAACAUGGUGGAGAGAGAUAUUCUGGAGAAUUCGUUGGAUGCAUCUUCUGACGGUGAGUUUGUAUACAGUAUUCGUUCACCCUGUUUAAGUAUUUUACAUUAAUUGUCAUAUUUAUUUUUUCUCGAUCUUCCAGCUGCAAUUCCCGUCUGAUUAGGUUUCUAAUGCGGUCACGUUAUUAUGAUCUCCACGAAGCCAGUAUUCUUUCGGAACGUCGUGAUGAUUAAAUUUCAUUAAUCAUGCAUUUAAAUUAUUUUUUGACAGAAACAAAUAUGCUGACGUAUUGGGAGAACGUGUAUGACGCUAAUAUCGACGAAUCAAAGAAUUCGAAUCUGUUGCUGUGGAAAAUUCUUGCCAGGCUUUCUUGUGGUGCUCUGGGAACAUCGUUUGACAAGCUAUUGAGUGUGCAUAAUUAUUAUUUUAAAGAUUUUUGGAUGGGAUAUUUAUUACGAAUGAAUGUUGGAGGCGAAGAGUCAAAGGAAAUUGAGGCAUUAGCGAGCUUGGCAACCGUGGUCGAAGAUUUUACAUUCACGGACCGAACGUUUGCGGACUUCAGAACAAGGCAUCAAAUGUGUUCAUUCGAAAAUUUUAUAGUGAGUACCGUACAAAACUUCAUUCUUGGACUUGAGUGCUCUCGAGCUUCUUCGAACGAUUGAGGGAAGUGGAACACAAUUUUUUAAUUCAUGCUGUAUUGUCUGCUCCUUCAAGAAUUUGGUUCUUGCUAACAUGUUCACUUCCAGACCAUUUAUUCUCAUGAAAGAUGUACAGCUCAUUUUGGGAGCGUGAAUGCUAUGCCAAAAUGCGAAGAAGAUUUUCAAAAGCAUCCAAAUUUCCUUUAAGAACCCCGAUUUGAUGCGACAAUGUUGGAAAUGUCGUGAAUAUGGGUAAGAACGUGGGUAAGCUUUCAUUGUUAAAACAUGAAGGAAAUGGUCUUGGGGAAAUAAGACACUAAAUGAGCAAGUAUCACGAGGUCUCAUCAGAAAAGCUAAUUUUUGAAUAGAGCUGAAAAUGUAUAAUUUUUAUCAAUUCUUUGCUAGCCGAAUUCUAAAUGCAAUCAAAAAUUCCCGAUCUGCUCAUUACAUCCACUUUUUUUUCUGUUCUGUUUAUUGACGAAAUCCUAGACGAUGCUUUCUGAAAUUUCAGAUGUGUGUCGCCUAAAAACAAUUUUAACUUUCCUUAAACGAAUCUGACUGAGCUUCAGUUCACCGAACUUCCGGUGGACUCUCUCUAUAAGGAUCUUGUCUACAACGAUUUUAUCUAUGCAGUACAGUACAACGAAUUUUUUUGUGGUCGCACGGGGUUAACUCCCCAUAUUAUAGGCAAAUAGGGGUUUUCUACUACGAAAUUUUCUCUAAAACGAAUUUUUUAUGGUCCCUUGAGUUUCGUUGUAGAGAGACCUGUAACUCGAUUCCACCUGAUAACUUUUGUCUGAAUAUAAUUUGAACUCGACGAGAAUGAAGUGUCAAUGAUGCCGGAUGAUUGAAACUAAUGAUGCCACUGUUUAAAGAUUCAAUCCUUUUAUUUAAUAGAUUUAACGCAGCAUUUGAAAUAAUUUCUUGUUCUAUUGAAGUGACGAAUUUUUUUCCGUUUGCAGGAGGCGUUUGUUACGUCAGACGUUGAGCAAAAAGACGGCAUUUGGAGGAAUCGGCCUCGUGACGUGACAGUGGGAGCAGACUUGUGGCUCGUGACUCAGUGGGACCCUAGUGUGGCUCAGUCGAGUUUAUUUCAGGACAAUGCCACGAAAUCAGCAAUAUUUUCGGUUUUUAUCGUCAAUUGGAAAGGA